CAAAGGUGAGGGGUCGCCAAGAUGGCUGCUCCCGCGCAGCUUGUGCCGCUGCUGUAGAGCAGCUUGUGGCGUUGCCGGCUGAGCAGGGGGGAGGGGGGCGUAUCGGGCUCUGCUGGGUCAAUGGCUCCGGCUCCCCCGCUCCUCAGUGGGAGCCGGGCCUGGCCGAGGCUCCUGGGAACCCAGAGGGAGCUGCUGGUGCAGGGACUUCAGGGGGCUCGGAGGGGGUCGUUGGGGUCCCAGGUAGGUCAGAGGGGGCUGCAGGUGCUGGGGCCCCAGGGGGGGUUAUUGGGGCCCCAGCGGGGGCUGCAGGGGCUGGGGCCCCAGGGGGGGUUAUUGGGGCCCCAGGGGCGGCUGCUGGGGCCCCAGGGGGGGCUGCUGCUGCAAGGUCUCUCCAGAGGCUUUGCCAAGGUAGCCAAGACCAGGAGCAGCAGAGAAGUGAGAGAAGCUGAGGACUCUGCCCCAGUUUUUCAGUAUGUGGGGGAGAGGUCCAAGCGGAAGGAGAAGGUGUUUGUCUGGGGUUUCUGUCAUGCUGGGGCCCUCGGGAUCCCCAGCUUUGUUAAGCCUGAUGCAGGCUGGAAAAAGCGCCGGAGGAUACAGCCCACACCCUACCGCCUGGACACAGCUGAGAAGGUAUCCUCUGCAGCAUGUGGCUAUGGCUUCACACUAAUAUCCUCAAAAACCACUGACAUUACCAAAGUUUGGGGCAUGGGGCUGAACAAGGAUUCUCAGCUUGGCUUUCAGAGAAGCAGGAAGGAUCGAACUAAAGGCUAUGAGUACGUCUUGGAACCAUCUCCCAUUCCAUUACCACUGGACACUCCCCAGGAGACUCGGGUCUUGCAGGUGUCUUGCGGGAGAGCUCAUUCUCUGAUCCUGACGGACAAGGAAGGAGUCUUCAGCAUGGGCAACAAUUCCUAUGGGCAGUGUGGCCGAAAAGUUACUGAAGGUGAAAUUUACAGUGAGAGCCAUCUAAUUCACCGACUGCAGAAGUUUGACGGCAGGGUUGUGCAAGUCGUCUGUGGGCAGGAUCACAGUCUGUUCAGGACUGAGAGAGGCGAGGUUUACUCCUGUGGAUGGGGAGCUGAUGGACAAACAGGUGUUGGCCAUUACAAUAUCACCAGUGUGCCCACCAAACUGGGCGGAGAUAUUGCUGGAGUAAAUAUCGUGCAGGUUGCCACCUAUGGGGACAGCUGUCUGGCUGUAUCUGAUGAAGGAGACCUCUUUGGGUGGGGAAACUCCGAAUACAUGCAGCUGGCAUCCAUCACAGAGAUGACACAGGUGAAUGUUCCAAGGCAUUUACCAUUCAAGAUUGGGAAGAUAAAGGAUGCUGCAUGUGGAGGGACAGGCAAUGCUGUUGUAAACGGAGAAGGAAAUGUCUUUGUCUGGGGAUAUGGAAUUCUUGGGAAAGGACCAAACCUGAUGGAAACAGCGACUCCAGAAAUGAUCCCACCCACCCUCUUUGGCUUGUCAGACUUCAGUCCGGACACCCGUGUUUCUCGCAUUCGCUGCGGACUCAGCCAGUUUGCUGCACUUAACAACAGAGGAGAGCUGUUUGUGUGGGGCAAGAAUAUAAGGGGGUGCUUGGGGAUUGGAAGAAUGGAAGACCAGUAUUUCCCAUGGAGGCUGUGCUGUACCUCAGCUAUGCAUGGGGAAUGGCUGGUAAAAGAUGAUCACAUGCUGCAUGUGUGCAGUAUUAUAUUACUGAACAUGAGCACAAAGGCUUCUCCUUAAUGAAAGAGUGAAGAACCUCUGCGGUGCUUGGAACCUUGUUAACUGUUUUUUCAUAUCCAGAGUCUCCAGUUACUCUUGGGGAGAGAGCCUUGCAUUCCUCCCAUAGGGAUGGUGAAGAGAUGAGCAUAUCAGACAUUUUUAAUUGGCUGCUGAGAAGAGUCCAACCACCCUGCUGCCAAGACCCCAGGCAGCAAUGUUCUGCUAAUGUGUAAGGAUUAAGGCAAGAAGGGGAGCUGUUUUAUGACCAUUUUACUGUUCCUCCAUGAGGAAAUUGCAGUACGUAGUAUUACGUGCACUUACUUGUACAGAUGUAUACUCGUUUACAGCUCUACUGCCAUCACUGCUGUCACUUUCAGGGGGUGAUGGCCUUAGCCAACCAUGUUUCCUAAAGGAAAAGUUGUAUUAUGGGAUGAAAUAAAUACAUGCUGACUAAUA